CUAGCCCAUCUCCAGAUUCAUAUUACCUUCGCGAUGGCAACUGCUUCCAGAGCCCGAGAGCGCCAGGAGCGAAAGGGGGAUCGGAGCCCGUUAGCCAUUCUCCUCGAUCCCAAAACUGAUAUCCCUCUGGGAGAGCGGGAUAUCAGAGUAGAAGACUAUCUUAAUGACAAGAUACAAACGGCUACCGAUUUCGAGAGCCUCGACAGGUUGAUAGCCAGUGUGGAGGCACAGAAACUGCAGCUAGAAGACCAGCUCGCAGAUGCCAGACAAAAGUUCUCGACGGCCAAAGACACUGCCACAAAUCGGACAUCUUUGAUGCAGCAGCAAACACAGGAAUUUGAGAAACAACAAACUAGUGUGCAAGAACGUUUGAUGAUCGUCACUUCUUCUGAUACGCCUGAAGAAGCAACGGAGCGUUUGAGAGGACCACUGGAGAAGCUUCGAAAGCUUCAGUUAGCAGAGCAAUAUGUCGAGAUGCUAGAAUAUAUCGAGAGCUUGAAGGACAGUGCACGGGAGUGCCUACCACAGAACCCAAAAGAGGCCCUCAAGCCAUAUAUACAGUUGAAGGAGCUCGCCAUUCAAUUACAGCAAUUGCAAGAACCAGCUGAAGGGGCAGCCAUUCAUCUUACAACCUACGUCCAGAAAACUUCUACUGAUCUGUGGGUGGAAAUGAAAGAAAUAAUGUCAGACGAGUUUGAAUCUGUUCUCAAAAAGUCGAAGUGGCCUAAUCCCGCGGCUGAGUUAACACAAGAAUGGAGUGAUUCGUUUGGGAAGCUUUUAGAUUUGCAAGCCCCUGAGAUCCUGGCUGCACGAGAACCUCUUGUCCUCCUCCCUGUGAGCGUUCUGGCAAAGCCGUUCAUCCUGCAAUUUAGAUACCACUUCUUCAGUGACAAACCUACAAAUCAUCCACAUCAGCUUGGUGAUUAUUUCUUUCAGUGGUUCCUUGGAACAAUUGCGAAGUGGGAGGAUUUUCUUCGGGAAAACGUUGGGCCCGUUCUGGCGGCCCAUUUCAGAGGCAACAUCCUGGCAGGCAAUACAUUGUAUGUGGAUCCGGUAGCAGCUCUAAUCACUGCUUUACUGCCGGUGCUGAAGGAGAAGGUUGACGCUUUGGUCUUUGAAAUAUCCCGCGAACCACAAUACUUGAGCCGAUUUAUGGUACAACUGAUGAACUUCGAUGACGCAAUCCGAGCAAGGUUUAAUUAUGAUGGGGGAAAUCCCGAACACGGCUGGAAAGGCCUGACCUGGGAUGUAUUGGACACUUGGUUCGGGCGCUGGCUAGAAGUUGAGAAGGAAUUUGCCCUACAGAGAUAUCGAGACAUUAUGGAUGCCCCGGAUAGUGGACUGAUUGACUACGAUAGCUCUGCAGCUGGCAAGACAAAGCCUACGUACGGAGCAACAAAGGUCACGGAUCUUAUUCUGACCGUGACCCUUCAAUACAAUAAGCUGAGAAGGUUCUCCCACAAAUUUCGGUUUCUAGUCAGCAUUCAAGCUGAAAUUCUGGACCAAUAUCUGGGUCGCCUGGGAGACUCGCUUGAUGUCUACCAAACUGUGACCUCUACAGUAGGUCGAACACUACAUGGCGUUACAAAAGAGCAACUAGCUGCACUCGAGGGCAUUGGAGGUUUGGAAAGUCUCUGUAAGGUCUUUGGCAGCGCGGAGCACCUUAUUAAUACGUUGAAUGAGUGGGGCAACGAAGAGUUUUUCGUGGACCUUUGGGACCAUCUGCAAGACAGAGCAAAAGUCACUCCCGUCGAAGAUAAUCUCGUUGGCAAUAUGACCUACACAGAGGUCAAGGAUUGCACGUCAGAAGCUGUUGGCUCUCAAGAUGAGGGGUCGGUCUUCGAUGUUGCCAUCAACGACUUUCAGAACCUCAGAAAUAAAGCCGAGAAACUCAUUACGGGUGCCCUCAAGUAUAAGUUUCCGGCCAAUCUCUCCCAAUAUCUCUCCAAGCCUGAGUGGCAGACAAUUGAUGAUGCACCUUUGUCUAGCCUUUCUCUCAUUACAGUUACGCCAGAGCUCGACCAGCCGCUUCAGCAGAUAUUCCAACGUAACUUGAACUUUCUCCACAAAACACUAGGCAACGCUCCAUUCAAGCGCAUUUGUCGUGAAUCACUCGAAAGUCUUGAACAUUUGCUAUAUAAUGAUGUCUUACUUCGGCAAGACUUCAGCACACUGGGAGCCGCCCGCUUUAUGCAGGAUGUCACUGCCAUCCAAGACGUCGUCGACUCUUGUAUGCCACGGGGUAGUGGGCCCCCUUUGGGCAUGCCAAGAUUAAAGGAAGCAGCUGCAUUGCUGAACUUGCCUGUCGAGGCUGAAGAGGGCCGGAUGCCCUUGAUGGAAGCCUGCCAGAAAAUAUAUGCUGGCGGUGCGCAAGCGAAACUAGCGCUAGAGACCUUGGGCAUGACACAUUUGACAAACUUCGAUGCUCGAUCGAUAUUGGCAAAACGUCUUGAGACUCAGCAGUAUUGA